AGCUGUUGGGGUUCAAGGGACUUCCGGGUGGUCAAAGGACCUGUCCACCCGUGUCGCCAUGAUGGUCGCAGGGAUGUGUGAGCCUGCCUACGUCAGCCUGCCCCCAGGCUUGACGCAGAUCAAUCAUCCCCAGGACACCCCAUGGAAGGUCGCAGUGGAUCCUGCGACCGUCUCCACUGUUCCGGGAGAAGAUGUCUCAGAGUCCAGUUUGUCGCAUCUGACGAACUGGCAACCCACCGAAGGAUCGCAGGGACAUCCUGAGCUUUGCCAUCGACCAUGUUUGUUUUUCGCUCGCGGCAGCUGUCAAAGCGGUGCUGAAUGCCGAUAUUGCCACCUCGACCAUUCGGACCGGCCUGCCGGAUUAGAUAAGAGUCAGCGCCAGGCAGUGAAGCAGCUCUCGCAGAAACAAUUGCUCGCGUUGCUGUUGCCACAUUUGCAGACACGCGCCGAAGAGCGAGGCUUCCUAGAGGAGGCACAGGAGAUCCUUGCUAUGGCAGGGCAAAGUGAGGAGCCAACAGCCAUCUCCAAUACCUUGCAGCGGAAGCUGCACAAGGUCUUUCGGAAAAUGAGCUUCUCCGGCAUGUUGGGCCUGAUUCGGCAGUCAAUGUCAGAAGGAGAAGCCGAAGAGCUCUCCGCCGCGACCAACCGCCUACGCAGUUGCUUGCGAAGAGCCUGAGCAUGUGGCUGUGAAGGUCCCAGGCUCGUUCCAGGUUUGAAAAAGAGAAUGGAAGGAUGGCACAGUGUCCUCGGUGACCCAAAGUGACCAAAGUGAUGUCCGGGAAUGCCUGGAAGUUUGCGAGUGUUCUGUUCUCCCGCGUUCCUUCACAAGUCACAGCAUUUGUAGUGUUUGGAUGUUUUAUGCGGGGGAACCUGUCGAAGCCAAGCAAGAAGACUGACCAGUGAAGGAGAAGG